CUAAUGUAAUGUAAAUUAAAUCAUUGCUCCACUCAAUCAAGCUGGGUGUUAGUUCAGUAUGAUUAUAGUUUUUGAGCUGCUCGGGCCGUGAUGCAAGGUAACCGCUAGCGGUAGAAUCUUCACGGUGAGCGCACGCGCAGGUUGUGUAUAAUGGCGCUGAUAUUGAAAGCCGCUUGGCAGGGAUACAGAUAUGUGUUUGAAGAGCUUACUGACCCUAGAACAAACAAAUGGUUCCUCUGCGCCCGGCCCUACCAGGGCCUGACACUGCUUGGCCUGUAUCUAAUGUUCGUGCUGAAAUGGGGCCCGGCCUACAUGAAGAACCGGCCUGCCUACAAUUUGGAUAAGGUCCUUAUUGUAUACAAUGCGUUACAGGUGCUGAUAUGUGCACGGAUAUUUAUAGGGUCCCUAAUCUACGCCUGGGCGUUUGACUACAAAUGGCUAUGUGAGCCCGUAGACUACACCACAGACGAGAAGGCCAUGCGUGUGGCCCGAUACGUGUACUCGUACUUCCUCGUCAAGAUCCUCGACCUGGCUGAUACCGUAUUCUUCGUACUCCGCAAGAAAAACAGCCACGUGACCUUCUUACACGUCUACCAUCACACGGGCAUGGUUAUGUUGACAUGGGGCGCUGUCACAUACUUCCCAGGUGGCCACGGCACCUUGAUUGGGGUGAUCAACUCAUUCGUCCACGUGAUCAUGUACGGGUACUAUCUCCUGACCGUGGCCGUGCCGAGCAUGAAGGAAUCCAUGUGGUGGAAGAAAUACAUCACGCAGAUGCAAAUUUUGCAGUUCCUAAUGAUCGUAGUUCACAUGGCGACCCUGGUCUGGAAGACCGAUUGUGCGUACCCCCGCUGGAUAGCCGCCGUCUUCCUACCCCAGAACCUCUUCAUGCUUAUACUGUUCAUAGACUUCUAUAUUAAAGCCUACAUCAAACCUAACAAAGCGAAACUAAACGGUCUGCAAAAUGGUCAUAACGGUCUCCAGAAUGGUCACAGUAAGGGUGUUCAUCUUAAAAAUGGGAAAAAUGGUGUUCAUAAAAAAAUAGAGUAGAUUUUGUUAACUUUAUAUCUUAGAAUAAUUUAGUUUAGCACCUAGGUCCUG